AUGAAAGUUGUCGUAACUGGUGCUAGAGGCUUCUUAGGGUCCCGCGUAGUAGAUUACCUCCUAAGUGAAGAGUCCCCCAUUAAGGUUACAGAGUUGGUCAUCACCGGCUCUCAGUUACCAUCUCCAAGAGAUGACCCGCGUGUUAAGCUUUUAGCUGUUGAUUUAACAUCACCAGAUGCUGCAGAUCGACUCGUACAGCACGACACCGAUGUGUUCUUCCAUAUGGCGGCCGUGGUCAGCGGUCAUGCCGAAGCCGAAUUCGACUAUGGACUUAAGGUGAACUUUGAAGCAACGAAAGCCCUUCUAGAAGCAGCAAGACAUCGAGUACCAAGCCUCCGUUUUGUCUUCACCAGCGCUGUUGCUGUUUUCGGCGGAGAUCUACCUCCAGUCGUUGACGACAUAACUGCCGUCAUGCCCCAAAACACAUAUGGAACAGCCAAAGCGAUGAGCGAGCUUCUGGUCAAUGAUUAUUCCAGACGGGGUUUCGUGGAUGGUCGGAUACUCAGAGUGCCGACGAUAAGCGUGAGACCUGGUGCACCGAACAGAGCUAUGACAUCAUUUGCUAGUGGCAUCAUCAGGGAGCCUCUAAAUGGAGUCCCGGCCGUGUGCCCUGUGCCUCCCGAGCAAGAGUUGUGGUUAUCCAGUCCUCGAGUGGUAGUGAAGAAUAUUGUGCACGCGGCAACAUUGCCCAAAGCAUCGUUGGGUCUUUGGAGAUGCGUUACUUUGCCAGGAAUUUGUGUAUCCGUGAAGGAGAUGGUGGAUGCUUUGUACACUGUGGCAGGAAAGAAAGUGGCCGAUCUGGUUAGGUUUGAAAAGGAUGACGUAAUAAGCCAAGUGGUAGCUUCGUUCCCCAGCAGAUUUGAUACAACUCGUGCACUCAAUCUUGGAUUCGAUAUUGACACAAAAUUCGUUGAUUUUGUUAGAGAUUACGUUCGAGAUAAUUUGAAAACGAGAUAA